UUCUCGGGUAAUGACGUCAGCCUAGCGUAGUUGCCUUUGGCUACUUCCGGAAGUUUGUUUAUAGUGCUGAAGUUAAACGCAAGAAAAUUAAAAUCCUGGUAGAAAAACACCUUUAUCUUUUUCAUAGUUGUUGGACUUGAAUAAAUGGACUUGGGUUCAGAGAAAAUACAGCGGAUCCUCUCCAAGUACAAAUUUCGCGAUGUGGCCGUUGAGGAGCUGCAGAAAAUCAAUAGAAUCUUCCCCGGGAUGAAACCUUCCCCUGACACUUACACGUUCAGUGACAGCACCCAAAAAGAUCUCCUAAAAUUAAAUGGUGUCAUUCCUGUAAAGUAUGAAGGUCGCUCCUACAACUUCCCCAUUCAGCUGUGGCUUUUGGAUUCCUUCCCCUUCACUCCUCCCAUAUGCCUCCUGAAACCCACCGCAAACAUGGUCAUCAGGGAAGGAAAACAUGUUGAUGCGAAAGGAAGGAUUUACCUACCAGGACUGCACAACUGGGAUUAUCCUAAAUCAUCAGUAGUGGUUCUCCUGAAUGAGAUGAUUGCCAAGUUCGAGGAGGAUCCUCCGCUGUCUUCAAAGAGCACAGUGGACACCAAAGACCCUCAUGAGCUCCUGGCAUUUGUCUCUAAUCUCCAGAUAAAUGAAGGUGGAGUCAGGCAUCCCGAUCAAACGACCAGCAAAGUAUCAGUUAUCGGGGGAGGAGAUUUAGGAAUGGCAUGUGUGAUGAGCAUUUUAGCGAAGUGUAAAGUGGAUAAACUUGUUUUCAUUGACAUUGCUGAGAGCUCCACCAAAGGCGGUAGUACAGAUCUAGAGAUUUUCAGCCUCCCACAGGUUGAGGUAUCCAAAGAUUUAUCAGCCUCCGCAGGCUCCGGGGUUGUCGUGGUGACAGCAAACGCAUGGAGCAGUGAGCAGUCAUAUGUAAACGUGGUUCAGACUAAUGUCGACUUGUACAGAAAACUAAUCCCAAAUCUGGCACAUCUCAGCCCUGCUGCUGUUAUGCUAAUUGCAUCACAACCAGUGGACAUCAUGACCCAUGUUGCCUGGAGGCAGAGUGGCUUGCCUCCAACGAGAGUUGUCGGAGCAGGGUGCAACCUGGACUCUGAGCGACUUAGUUAUGUUCUGGAUAUUAACCUUAACACUCAUAAACCUGCAUGGGUCAUAGGAGAGCUUUCAGACAACAAAGUUGCUGUGAUGAGCAACAUUGGGCUAAACUCCGAUGUAAACCCAGAAAUCGCCCCAGGAAGUGUUUCUACAAAACCAUUAUUGGACAGAGCAUUUGAGCUCAUGAAGAAUCGAGGCCAGCGAUCAUGGUCUGUGGGUCUCUCCAUCGCAGACAUCACAAACAGUGUGUUGACAGACAAGAAGAAGACACACUCUGUCUCCACACUGGCCCAGGGCUGGGGUGGUAUAGGUGCGGAGGUGUUCUUCAGCAUCCCGUGCAUUAUGGGAGCAAAUGGUUCCACACGCCUUGCUGGAGUGUCUCUUGGACAGGAAGAGGACUCCAAACUCCGGGAAAGCGUUACCUCCCUUUCCAACCUAAUGAGCCAGCUCAGAAUAUGAAGGACGUGAGCAGUGGCGUUGCUGCUUAGGAGUCAACACUCCAUCAGAGAAGGGACUGUGCCUGUGCUGAAGUUGUUCACACUAUUUUUAAUAUAUAGUACUAAUAUCC